UCCACCACAGGUAGACUGUCAGUAUAAUUAUACUUCCUGGUUGUCUUCCCACUACAGUGUGUAACAGCCGACUGUCAUGUCGACCAGACAAAGCUUACGGAGUUGGGGGAUAUUACUUAUCCUACUGUUUACUGUACCGGUUUCAAGAUCCGAAAGAAAUGUUGCUUUAACGGGAAGUGCUGUACAAUCAACAGAUCAGGGCGAUACAUGGACAGCAGAUAAAGCUAUAGACGAAUGCACCAUUCAAGUGAUUGGACCUUCACCUCAUUGUUGUGCUCAUACAGCUGACAAGAAUAACAAACAAGCUUGGUGGCGUGUGGAUUUAGGACAUAACAGAACAAUACAAUACAUCACCAUAUACUACAGAACCGGCGGUGGAUACCGAUUCGGUGGAUAUUCACUGUACGUGUCCAACUCCACCAACCACAUAGAAGGCAUUCUCUGCUAUCAGGAUAACAGUAGUUCACGUGAAGACGUAGACUUAAACCCGACCCACCAGUGUCCAUACGUAGCUCAGUAUGUGACUGUCUACAAUCACAGAGAGGAACCAAAACGACACGACUGGUAUAGUGACGAUGCUGUUCUGGAAUUAUGUGAAGUUCAGGUCUUUGGAUGUCAAAUCGGACGUUAUGGUACCGGCAGCUGUAAUAGUCCUUGCUCAGGAAGCUGCUAUGGAGGAAACUGUAACUCUAUAACUGGAUCCUGCUUCUAUUGUUUACCCGGAAUGUUUGGUGAUUUAUGUGAACAGCAUUGCUCUGCUAACUGUAAAAGUACUUGUGAAAAAGAUACAGGUCAUUGUAUAGGAUGUAUUACCGGUAAAAGGAGUGACCUCUGUGAUGUUAACUGCCCUUUGAAUUGUGUGAUAUGUGAACAGUCGUCCGACAAAUGUAUUGUAUGUGUUAAUGGAAAGUACGGUGAUGCUUGUAACUUUGAUUGUUCUGACAACUGUAAACAAAAAGCAUGCAUGAAGGACAAUGGAUAUUGUCUAGAAUGCAUUCUUGGUAAACAUGGGAAUAUGUGUGAAUUGGAUUGCUCUGACAGCUGUAAAGACAAAAACUGCACGAAGAGCAAUGGACAUUGUAUAGAAUGUGUUAAUGGAAAGCAUGGUGACGUGUGUGACGUUGAUUGUUCUGACAAUUGUAAGAACAUAUUAUGCAUGAAGGAAACCGGAUAUUGCUUAGAAUGUGUCCCUGGAAAAUAUGGUGAUGAUUGUGCAGCUGAUUGUUCUGUCAACUGUAAAGACAAAGCAUGCAUGAAGAACGACGGGACUUGUAUAGAAUGUGUUCUUGGAAAACAUGGUGACAAUUGUGCAGUUAAUUGCUCUGACAAUUGUAAAAACAAAAACUGCACUAGGAGCGAUGGACAUUGUAUAGGAUGCAAUCCUGGCAAAAAGGGGGAAUUAUGUGACACCAGUUGUUCUUCGCAUUGUGUGACAUGUGACCAGGCGUCCGAACAGUGUUUUGAAUGUAUUCCUGGAAAAUACGGUGAUCAGUGUACAAAUAAUUGCUCUGUCAACUGUGAAGCCAACACAUGCACGAAGAGCAAUGGACAGUGUAUAGCAUGUAAUCCUGGAAAGUACGGCCCCUCCUGUUCAAUGGAUUGUCUGGGUCAAUGCAAAGACAAUAGUUGCCAACAAAGCGAUGGAACAUGUACAGAUUGUCCUGUUGGAAAACAUGGAUCGUUUUGUAACAUCAGUUGCUCCGAGAGUUGUCUGAAUAACCGUUGCAAUGCCGAGAGUGGAGAUUGUGAAGAGUGUGCGGGUGGUUUACACGGUGGAAACUGUAGCAUGCCAUGUAGAAACUGCGAUAGAUGUGUGCGGGACACAGGCUAUUGUCUAUCUGUCUGCUCUGCUGGAUACGAAGGAAAUACAUGUCAGAUGAAAGUACUGCAGACCGAAACAUCGGAUGGUAAUACCGGGACGAUCGUAGGGGUUGUAGUUGGGCUACUUCUCCUGGCUGUUAUAAUAUCAACCAGUGUGUUCCUUAUCAGAAGACGCAGACAAAAUUCAACAAAAAAGGACUCAUUUGAUGAUAUAAGCAGAAAAAAGAUUCCUCGAACAACACAUCACAACUACAGCUACGAGCCAGAUGAUUACUCCGCAGAACCCGUGACCGAACAAGGAAACGUUUAUGAAGUUGUUGAUGAUGGAUCCAAAGUAGAAACCCCGGCAGGUCACGGGAACGUUUAUGUCAACGCUAGUGAUAUAGCAAAAGUGGAAAAUACCACAGAGAUCCCGACAAAUCAUGAUAACGUUUACGUCAAUGCUAAUGAUGUAGAUAAAGACAGCUCCGCAAACGUAUGCAACAAUAGCGGUCCAGUCAGUAUAGCUCUUUCCGAUCUUAAAGCUAUGGUCAAAGCCAAGAUGCUUAAUGAGGCAAAAGCAUUUGAAGACGAAUACGCGUCACUACCUUCCGGAGCUAUACAUGAACACAACAUUGGAAUGUUGACUGCAAACAGGAUGAAGAACAGAUUUAAGUCUACGUUUCCCUAUGAUCAUUCCCGCGUGAUUCUUGACAAACUGGACAAUGACCCUCAUUCAGACUACAUCAACGCAAACUACAUUGAUAGUGUCACAUUACCUGCAGAAUAUAUCGCAACACAAGGUCCGACGGACAAAAUUGUAGAUGACCUGUGGCGUAUGAUCUGGCAGCUUAAAUCUGGAAAAAUCGUUAUGCUGACCAACCUUAUUGAAGGAACAAAGAAAAAGUGUGCGAAAUACUGGCCUGACGAGGGUGAGCCGAUGUCUACAAAACAUUUCAACAUCGUUCUUGACAGAGAAAGGGUUUACGCUUUCUAUGUGAUCCGGGAUAUCAUUCUCACAGAAAAGAAAACAAAAUCCGUGCGGCAAAUACACCAGUUUCACUACACCACGUGGCCAGACCACGGAACUCCGGACCCCAAUGAACUGGUUGUCUUCCAUCGUCGUGUGAAACAUUACAAGAAUACUUUAACAGGAAAGAUGGUGGUCCAUUGCAGUGCUGGUAUCGGACGAACAGGAACGUUCAUCGCGCUGGAUGCUUUGUUAGAGCACGGCAAAACAAGUGGAAUGGUUGACGUCAUGGGUUACAUUAGGACCAUGAGGAAGGACAGGGUCAACAUGGUUCAAACCUGUGACCAGUAUAUCGCUAUUCACAACCUCCUAGUUGAAGCCUUUGCCAUGCCAGACACCCUUAUACCGAGCAUGAAGUACCAUACUACACUUAGGAGUCUUUGCAAUGAUGCACCCGUCAAUCUAACAAAACUAUGGAGAGAGUACAAGGUGACACAAGAGCUGAAGCCAACGUAUACUCAAAGCGACUUUAAAACAGCAGUUCUUCCCACUAAUAGGAAUAAGAACAGGGACCCAAAUGUCUUAGCAGUUGAUAAAUUCAGACCUUACCUGACUUCAGCCUCUUCUGGUAGAACAAAUUAUAUCAACGCCGUGGCAGUUCCUUCCUACACGUCCAGAACCGGUUACAUAGUUACUCAAACUCCUUUAGAGGACACCGUGGUUGAUCUGAUGACAAUGAUAAUGGACCACAGUUGUGAUACCAUCGUUAUCAUUGAAAACGAUCACGUCAAAUGGUUGCCAGAAGAAGGAAAGGGUAUAACAAUCGGAUCCUUCCAACUGACGCAUGAAGGAGGAUCCUCAGUUCUGGCUAAUAUAGAUUUGAUGGAUGUGGCGAUCUCUAAUCAAGACCAGAGAUAUGAUGCCAGAGUCAGGGUGUUCCACAUGACUGGUUGGGAUAGACACGUGUCAGUCCCGCCGGAUGUCCCAGGUCUCCUUCAGCUUCUAGAACAAGUUGACAGCAGAAGAAAAUCAAAUGGCUCGAAAAAAACAGUAGUUAUGUGCAGAGACGGUUAUUCCCAGAGCGGACUAUUUUGCUGUAUCAGCAAUGCUAGAGACCAAAUGAAGAUUGACGAGGAGGUCGACAUGUUUCAGAUAUCUAGACAAUUGCUUUUUAGACGUCCGGAAUUCAUCACCAACUAUGACCAGUACCAGUGUUGUUACAACGUGAUAAAGGAGUACCUGGACAUCACAGACGUUUAUAUGAACUAA